AUGGAUCUCGUCAACCACCUGGAAGGAAGACUCCUCUUCGCCGUGCCAAAGAAGGGCCGUCUCCAACAAGCCACCCUCGACCUACUGGCCGGCUGUGACGUCCAAUUCCGUCGCGAAACCCGCCUCGAUAUCGCCCUCGUCAAGAACCUGCCCAUCGCCCUUAUCUUCCUGCCCGCCGCCGACAUCCCGACCUUCGUCGGUGAAGGCCGCGUCGACAUUGGUAUCACCGGCCGCGACCAAGUCGCUGAGCACGACGCAACCCUGUCCGCCGGCGAGACCUCCGGCGUGGAGGAGAUCCUUGACCUCGGCUUCGGCGGCUGCAAGCUGCAGGUCCAGGUGCCCCAGAAAGGCGACAUCGACACUGCCUCGCAACUGAUCGGCCGCAACGUCGUGACCAGCUUCACUGCGCUGUCGGAGGCUUUCUUCACUAAGCUGGAGGGUGCCCAGGCUGGCGCUAAGCUGAACACCAAGAUCAAGUAUGUUGGCGGUAGUGUCGAGGCUGCCUGUGCGCUCGGUGUUGCGGAUGGUAUCGUUGAUCUUGUCGAAUCCGGUGAAACAAUGAAAGCCGCCGGCCUCAAGGCCAUCGAAACCGUCAUCGAGAGCACAGCCGUGCUGGUGAAAUCCCGCGGCUCAAACAACGACCUCCUCAACCUAAUCACCUCCCGCAUCCGCGGCGUCAUCACCGCGCAGAAAUUCGUUCUGUGCCAAUACAACAUUCCCCGCUCCGAGCUGGCCACUGCCUCCAAGAUCACCCCUGGCAAGCGCGCCCCCACAAUUACCGCCCUCGAAGAGGCGGACUGGGUGGCUGUUUCUUCGAUGGUGGAGAAGAAGCGCAUUGCGACUGUUAUGGAUGAUUUGAGCAAGGUUGGUGCGACGGAUAUUCUGGUUUUGAAUAUUGCGAACUCGCGGACGGAUUAG